UUCCGUCGCGGACCCCCCUCCUCCCGCGCUCGGGGCCCCUCCAAUCCGCAGCUCUGCGUGCGGGGGCGCGCGCAUCCCCCAGCUAUCGGUCCGUCAGCCGGUCUGUCUGGGUGUCUCCGCCGGCGCAGCGGUGCACCCCUCCCCAGGCUCGGGCGUUCGCAGCGCCCGGCCAGCGCCCCACGCCCCACGCCCGCAGCCGACAGACCGCAGCGCCUGCGCCCGCGCCCGCGCCCCCCACCCCAAGCCGGUGCGCGGGAGCAGCCGAGGCAAAGUCGCGGCGGCCUGCCGGCGGCGCGAUCUCUCCUCCCUCGCUCGCUCUCUGCUCUCAGGGGAAGCCAAGCCGGGAAGCCCCGGCAACCCGCCCUCCAAGAUGAAGAAGCUCCAGGGAGCUCACCAGCGCAAGCCCAUUACCCCAGAUCUGCUGAUGACCCCCAGUGACCAGGGCGAUGUAGACCUGGACAUGGAUUUCGCCGCCGACCGGGGGAACUGGACGGGCAAGCUGGAUUUCCUGCUGUCCUGCAUUGGCUACUGUGUGGGCCUGGGCAAUGUCUGGCGUUUCCCCUACCGGGCCUACACCAACGGAGGAGGCGCCUUCCUCGUGCCCUACUUCCUCAUGCUGGCCAUCUGUGGCAUCCCCCUCUUCUUCCUCGAGCUCUCUCUGGGCCAGUUCUCCAGCCUGGGACCCCUGGCCGUCUGGAAAAUCAGCCCCCUCUUCAAAGGUGCCGGCGCGGCCAUGUUGCUCAUCGUAGGCCUGGUGGCCAUCUACUACAACAUGAUCAUCGCCUACGUCCUCUUCUACCUCUUCGCCUCCCUCACCAGCAACCUGCCCUGGGAGCACUGUGGCAACUGGUGGAACACGGACCUCUGCCUUGAGCACAGAGGCUCCAAGGAUGGCAAUGGGGCCCUGCCCCUCAACCUCACCAGCACUGUCAGCCCCAGCGAGGAGUACUGGAGCCGCUACGUCCUCCACAUCCAAGGCAGCCAGGGCAUUGGCAGUCCCGGGGAGAUCCGCUGGAACCUCUGCCUCUGUCUGCUGCUGGCCUGGGUCAUCGUGUUCCUCUGUAUCCUCAAGGGCGUGAAGUCCUCAGGCAAGGUGGUGUAUUUCACGGCCACGUUCCCCUACCUCAUCCUGCUCAUGCUGCUGGUCCGAGGAGUCACCCUCCCAGGGGCCUGGAAGGGCAUCCAGUUCUAUCUCACCCCCCAGUUCCACCAUCUGUUGUCUUCCAAGGUGUGGAUCGAAGCUGCUCUUCAGAUCUUCUACUCCCUGGGCGUGGGCUUCGGGGGUCUCCUCACCUUUGCCUCCUAUAACACGUUUCACCAGAACAUCUACAGAGAUACCUUUAUCGUCACUCUGGGCAACGCCAUCACCAGCAUCCUGGCUGGCUUCGCCAUCUUCUCCGUGCUGGGCUACAUGUCUCAGGAGCUGGGUGUGCCCGUGGACCAAGUAGCCAAAGCAGGCCCUGGCCUGGCCUUUGUCGUCUACCCACAGGCCAUGACCAUGCUGCCUCUGUCGCCCUUCUGGUCCUUCCUUUUCUUCUUUAUGCUCCUGACUCUUGGCUUGGAUAGCCAGUUUGCCUUCCUGGAGACCAUCGUGACAGCUGUGACCGACGAGUUCCCCUACUACCUGCGGCCCAAGAAGGCUGUGUUCUCGGGGCUCAUCUGUGUGGCCAUGUACCUGAUGGGGCUGGUCCUCACCACCGAUGGAGGCAUGUAUUGGCUGGUGCUUCUGGACGACUACAGCGCCAGCUUCGGGCUCAUGGUGGUGGUGAUCACCACGUGCCUGGCCGUCACCCGGGUGUACGGCAUCCAGAGGUUCUGCCGGGACAUCCACAUGAUGCUGGGCUUCAAGCCGGGCCUCUACUUCAGGGCCUGCUGGCUGUUCUUGUCCCCGGCCACACUCCUGGCCCUGCUGGUGUAUAGCAUCGUCAAGUACCAGCCCUCAGAGUAUGGCAGCUACCAUUUCCCAGCCUGGGCAGAGCUGCUGGGCAUCCUGAUGGGCCUGCUGUCCUGCCUUAUGAUCCCAGCCGGCAUGUUGGUGGCUGUGCUUCGGGAGGAGGGCUCGCUCUGGGAGCGGCUCCAGCAGGCCAGCCGGCCGGCCAUGGACUGGGGCCCGUCGCUGGAGGAGAACCGGACUGGCAUGUACGUGGCCACGCUAGCGGGGAGCCAGUCGCCCAAGCCACUGAUGGUGCACAUGCGCAAGUACGGGGGCAUCACCAGCUUCGAGAACACGGCCAUCGAGGUGGACCGCGAGAUCGCCGAAGAGGAGGAGUCUAUGAUGUGAGGCAGGAGGCUGGGGGCCAGGAGGCCCUGCCGGG